GAUACGUGCGCGAGUGGUUAGUGCGCAUGCGCAUGUUUUUAUAGUUCCAUUGAACCUUGAAAUUAGCCCAACACAAUGUUUUCUUAACUACCAGGGAGCUAGAAAGAUCCAUGAAACUAGAGAAUGAGUAUUUUACAUCAAUGGACUAUAUUUCGAGGUAUAAGGAAAACGAUACAAAUGAUGGCUCUACAGACAAAAUUCAGGUCGAAAACAACGGUUCAUUGCAGCCCCUUGAGCUCUUUGAUUGAUGACAAAAAUAAGAUAACGAUUGAUGGCCUUUGUCCGUCUUCUGAUGUGACCAUUCAGGCGAGAUUACAGGGAGAUUCCAAGGAAAGAUUCUACUCAUUCGCACACUACACAGCCGAUUGCGAGGGACGCGUUGACCUCCACACACAGCCCUCCGUAGGGGGUUUCUAUAGGGGUAUUGAACCAAUGGGUUUGUUAUGGAGCAUGAUGCCAGAAACGGGGCAGCGGAAGGGACUAAGACUGGCUAAGAAAGAAGUCACUACCCCUUACAAAAUCAGCCUUACUGUACAUCGGGGACAUUACAAGGGUGAUGAUGUCAUGUCUGAGGGGGAGGCGGUAUGCUGUACAACUUUUGAAAAAUGGUAUAUGGGGGUAGGGGUGAGGCGGAUUGUCAUCACAGAGGGAAAGAUCAGAGCGACAUUGUUUCUUCCACCAGGAGAUGGACCCUUCCCAGGAGUUUUGGAUAUGUUUGGGUCGGUUGGUGGCAAGGUUGAAUACAGAGCAGCAUUACUUGCAUCUCAUGGUUUUGCAUCACUAGCCCUGGCCUUCUUCAGAUAUGACGACCUCACUGAUAAAUUGGAAGAUCUCUGUCUGGAAUACUUCAUAGAAGCUGCAGAAUGGCUAUCAAAUCACCCUCAUGUACUCCCUGGGGGCAUUGGAGUAACAGCUGUCUCAAAAGGAGCAGAGAUAGGCUUGCUCUUAGCAGCAAAUUUUAAACAGAUUAAAGCUGUUGUGGCCAUUUCAUCAUACCACUGCAUAGAAUAUAGCCCUAUAAGCUACAGGGGAAAGAUGACUCCUUAUGUCCCAUGUCAAGGGGAAGGGUACAAGUUUGAGAAUGAUGGAAGCCUCAUUGUAAAAGAUUGUUAUAUGGAGGAUUGGGAUGGGGAUAUUACAGAAAACCCAUACAUGAUUCCUGUGGAAAACACUAAGUGUCCCAUCCUUCUCAUAUAUGGAACAGAUGACAGUCUAAUGUAUGUUGAGGACUCUGCCGAGAAGAUAAUGAAUAGAAUGGAUGCUCACGGCAAGAAGUCUCAAGUGACGGUAUUGAUGUAUGAGGGUGCAGGACACCUUAUAGAGCCACCCUACACCCCUCUUUGUUCGAUGGCAUACCAUGUGUUCAAGAUGUAUAUGAAGUUUGGUGGAGAACCUGUACAGCAUGCAAAAGCUCAGGAAGAUUCUUGGAGGAAAAUUUUGGGUUUUCUAUGGAAGAACUUGACAAGUGUACCAAGCAAGCUGUAGACAUCUAUGAUUCAUUUAUUCAGGAGAACAUUAUAUUUAAUUAUAAUUGAACAUUAUACAAAAUUUUCUUGAAGUAACAUAAGCUUGUCAAAGGGAUUUUAAGAAUCUUCAUGUACCAGAAUUUUUUUUAGAAAGUAUUCAUUAUUAUUCCUUAGGUAAUACUUA